CUUCACACAGCCGAAGUAUUACUAUCAGUACACCCCCUGAGGCUUGUUCGUGACCACUUGCUAAUUCUUCGUGUUGCUCAAUUUUCCUCCGAACUGAUCGACGGCAGUUCUGGAAUGGCGCACGAUGGCAAAUUCAACAAGUUGAAUGAGUACCUCGUCGAAACUCUGGGGCAACUGCUCGAGGCGAAAAAGGAAGCUACUGUCAUGCGCGAGAGACUCACAGCUUUAGAAGCAGACCUGACCGAACGCGACCGGCUGGACGCAUUGAAGCAAAGUGAAAAUGAUGAGCUUCGUGUCAGAAGCACGAAACUCGAGUUUGAGAUGACGCAGUUGCAGAACGUGAAUGCAGCACUACAGCUUGCAACGAAAGAUCGCGAUGCGUUACAUGAACAAUUGAAAGUGUCCAAGAUGGAUGUUACUAGGCAGCAAGAGAGGGCUAAUACACUAGAGCAACGACUUCAGGAGUUAAAUAACGAAAAAACAGCCUUGGCGCGUGAGCUUCAAGCAGCUGCACAGAUUGUACGCGUGGAUAUUGGCGUGAAUACAAAUCCUCUCCUAACUCCCCGUAGCACGCCCAAUGGCGCCAGAUUACCAGUCGUACUGGGGCCCUCGACAGCUGGUCCAUCUCGUGAUCGAAACUUGAAGGAAGAACAAGAUGUUUCGAUGGAUAUUUUUGCAGUACAUCCUCCCUCUCAGCUACCACCUCCUCGAAAGCGAGCUAUUGAAAAUGCGCCGCAACUCAUUCCUGACCUUGCGGAUGGUGGAACUGUAUGCUUUACAAGACCCUUUAUAACAACUCAUAUUGGGGGAGGGUCGCAAGCUCUCAUUUCAAACAUCGCAACGCCAAAGUCUCUAGCCCUAAAAUUCGGUAUAACAAGCUACCUUUGCCCGAACUUGUGGGAGAAUCCUUGGUGUCCAACAAACCCUGGCAUGGCCGGGUACAUGUUUGUUGGCUUAGGGGAGGAGAUUCAUAACUUUGUUCAGCCGGAGGUACAUGAACUCUUUGUUGGGGUUGAGAAAACCAAAUACAGACUUAUGGGCCGGUAUCGGGCCCAUCGUGUUGAACCCUUGACUGUUGAGGAAUGGCUGACGCUCUCGGAGAAAGUUCGAUUCAAGUACUGCGAAACCACACAACGAAAAGCGAAAGACUCACGUUCCGUCGAGGGCAUAAAGGCUGCUUAUGAGCGUGGUGAACUUCGUGCUCCCUGCGUCAAAUUGACAUGUCUUGAUUUCAAGGAGGACCUUUACAAGAAACUGAAGGCACGAAAAAUGGGACAGAACAACAUCAACCCCUCGUCAUCUCAGCGUUUGAUUAAACAGGAAUUGCCUGUUACACGCUCGUCACAAAAACGCCGCCGCAUUGAAGAGAUCAUCGACGUUGACGAGUCAUCCAUGGACUCUGACAGCGAUUCUUCCGAAUACUUAGGGUAGUAUUAGAUACCUACUUACAUAAUUCGCAUCAAUCGUUCCGAGUCAUCGUCGACGGCGACUAGUACUGCAUACUCUAGUCUACAAGGCCUAAUAACUUUGUAUCAUAGCUUCGAUUC